AUGGUGCGUCAAGAAGUGCUGUUACUCGACAUUGCAUCGGAUCCAUCGCUGAUCAAGCAGUACAUCGACUACCAUGCCCCCGGCAACGUACCGAAAGCCAUCGUUGACUCGAUCCGCUAUCCUGGAUCUGGCGUACUCAACAUGCGAAUCUUUCAGUUUGCCGACCGCUUGGUUAUGAUCAUGGACGUUCAAGAUGACUUUUGCUUGGAAAAAAAGGCAGCCAGCGAUCGAGGCAAUCCGGAAGUGGAGAAAUGGGAAACGCUGAUGCAAAACUUUCAGAAAGAGAUCCAGGAUCCACAGGGUAUCCAGAACGCAAAAUGGAAGCGGGCCGAACUGUGCUUUGAUCUUAGUCAACACUAA